CUUUAACAUUUCUCGAGAUACCGGCCAUCCUGUGUCGCCAAUUGCGACCCCUCUCCGCUCCAAAAUCCUCUCUGCUCUUUUUCUCACUGUGUGCGGCCCUCGCUUUUUCUUUUCCGUUCGCUUCUCCCGCUUCACAAUGAAGAACAUCCUUAGACUCAGCCGCGCAGGUGCCCGCUCCCUUUCCGGCAGCCCCUCUCACUCUCCUUUCCUCCGGUAUGCGGUCAAUGCCGCAUGGCAAAGGGGCUACAGUGCCUGGCAAUCGCCAAGCAGAAGCGAUGGCCUACCCGGCAUCGAUGCUUCGAAGCUCUCCGUUACAAAAACUACCAGCCCAAAGAAUCUUCUCCCGCCAAAAGAGCUCGUUUUUGGAUCGACUUUCACAGACCACAUGCUCCGGGUCAAUUGGAACACCAAAGAUGGAUGGUUGGCCCCAGAAAUCGUACCAUACCAGAAUCUUAGCCUUGAUCCGGCCACUUGCGUUUUCCACUAUGCCUUCGAGUGUUUUGAGGGAAUGAAAGCCUAUAAAGGCAAGGAUGGCUCUAUCAGAUUAUUCAGGCCCGAUAAAAAUAUGGCCCGACUCAACAAGUCCUCGAAACGCAUUGCGUUGCCCACCUUCGACGGUGAAACGAUGAUAAAGCUAAUUGGGGAACUUGUGAAGCUGGACAGCAGAUUUAUUCCACAGGAACGAGGCUACUCCCUAUAUCUCAGACCUACCAUGAUCGGUACUCAAAGCACGCUUGGUGUGUCUCCCCCGGGCUCGGCAAUGCUCUUCGUGAUUGCUAGCCCCGUUGGGCCGUAUUAUCCUACCGGUUUCAAAGCUGUCUCCCUGGAGGCGACGGACUAUGCUGUUCGCGCUUGGCCAGGAGGCGUUGGAGACAAGAAGCUUGGAGCAAACUAUGCGCCAUGCAUCGUCCCACAACUAGAAGCCUCUACCCGUGGAUUCCAGCAGAACCUUUGGCUUUUUGGCGAAGAGCAAUACUUGACUGAAGUCGGUACCAUGAAUCUCUUCAUUGCCAUGAAAAACAAGGAGACCGGCCAAAAUGAGCUCAUCACACCCCCGUUGGAUGGCACCAUUUUGGAAGGUGUCACCCGGGAUUCUGUGUUGACGCUCGCUCGUGAGAGACUAACACCCAAAGGCUGGAAGGUCAGCGAGCGCAAGCUCACCAUGCCCGAGCUUGCAGAGGCAGCAGACGAAGGCCGAUUGAUUGAAGUCUUCGGUGCCGGCACCGCUGCAAUCGUGAGUCCCGUUCGUAAUAUCAGCUGGAAGGGACGACUCGUCGAUUGUGGAUUGAAGAAGGACGAGGAGGCUGGCAAGAUUGCGCUCGAGAUGAAGAACUGGAUUGAAGGCAUCCAGUAUGGUGAAGAGAAGCACCCAUGGAGUGUUGAGCUUUGACGCGACUAUUGCUUCUCGGGUUAAAAUAAAAUAACGGUUGCUCGGCUACCUCCUUUUUUUACCUUUUUUUUUUUUUUUUUUUUUUUUUUUUGUUUUUGAAAUUUACUCUGGAUCUUGAAGGCUUUUCGGUAGCAUGGCUUUUAACUCUUUUUUUUUAGACUUCUGAUCCCGCAUCUACUUACCUGUCCUGAGCAUUUGGACGAUAAUUACAGAGUCACAUAAGCCUUG